AUGGUCAUCUAUCCAUUAUUAUUUCUCAGUAUGCUCUAUAUUGAAAUCGUUCCGCGUGGUUCGUUCUCGUUCUAUUUCUUUGUCAUGGUUCUUUGUUCGUUUGUUUGUUCGGGUAUUGGUCAAUUAGUAUCGGUGAUUUUCGAUCGAACAGAAUAUGCAUAUCUCGCCGGAACAAUCUUCGCUCUGUUAUCAUGUCUUCUGUCGGGAUUUAGUCCGACAAAAGAUGAACUGAAACAAGGUGGUUUUAUUGUUAUUUUUUCAUUUUCGCGGCAUGUGCAAAGUUUAUUGUUUCGACAUGAAUCGAAACUUUAUCUGGAAGCAUUGGAAUCCAAGGAUCACAUAUGGGGAACGUCGGUUGAAGGUAUUCAUAAGAAUUUCGACUUCAAUAAUAGUGAAAAUCCGCGUUUUUGGAUGAUUCUCAUUGGAUUUCUUUUGCGUGCAUUGACAUUUGCUUUUCUCUAUGGCAAAUCAGAAUAUCGUUCGAAAGCUCGCUUCUACGUAACGAAUCUUCUACCCAAUUUGAAAAGUCUUCUUACAUGUGAAUCACGUCGAGAUCGUCCUUUCAAGCAUCAAGCUAAUCGUCCAGACGUUCUACCUUCAUCUUCUUUCAAAUAA